AUGGAGUGCGUAAUCCGCUUUGCGCAGUCACACGAGACUUUUCGGCAGGCGGAAAUCGAAGCUCUCGCCAGUCUCGCUGGGGUCGAUGUCGAAUUUGUGCUGUAUGAUAAAUAUUCACCAUUCUGCAUCGCCAAGUUUCCCAACAUCGAGGCAGCACGCAAAGUGAUAUCUCGCAGCGUUCUGGCCCAAGAUGUCUUUGAACUCUGGGGCCGAGGAGCAACCCACGAAGAGCUUCAUGCAGAUGUGCGACGCAGAACAGAACAUCGCUGGAAAGACUACAGGGAUGUCUCUUUCCGUUUCUUGAUAGACACUUUUUCAGCCAAGAGGUCACAAGCUGAAAAGAAGAGUCUCAUCGAGAGUUUUGGGUAUCUUGACCUCCAAGGACCGAUCAAGCUAAAGGAUCCUGACGAGGAUUUUGUUAUUUUUGAGGAUUAUGUUUCGGAUCUUGAAGAAAUCAGCCAACAAGAACAGCAACAGCAGAAACAUGAGCACAAGCAAGGAAGACACAAAGAUCUGAAGAAUGUAUAUUUCGCCCGCUGGAUAUGCGCCAGCAGUCGCACAAUGAUGGACAAAUACGACCUCAAGAAACGAAAAUACAUAUCCACCACAUCCAUGGAUGCCGAACUAUCCCUCGUCACAGCAAACAUGGCCCACGCCGCCCCCGGAAAACUCUUCUUCGACCCUUUUGUCGGAACGGGUAGUUUUCUCAUCGCGGCCGCUUAUUUCGGCGCCGCUACACUUGGUGCAGAUAUUGAUGGGCGGAGUUUCAAGGGUCGACACAAACCCACCAAGGAGAAUCCUAUGGGCCUAUUGGCAAAUUUUCAGCAGUAUGGAAUUGAAGAUAAGUUCCUUGAUGCCUUCAUGUCGGAUUUGACGAACACGCCGAUACGGGAUGUGCCGUUUUUGGAUGGGAUUAUUUGUGACCCGCCGUAUGGGAUUCGUGAGGGACUUAGGGUUCUGGGGUUGAGAGAGGGGAAGUCAAAGCAGCCGGUGUACAAGGAUGGUGUACUGGCUCAUACGCUUCCUGACUAUGUUCCUCCCAAGAAGCCAUAUGGAUUCGUUACUUUGCAACACGAUAUACUAGACUUUGCUGCCCGAACUCUGGUCGUUGGAGGCCGGAUUGCCAUGUGGAUGCCAACUGCAAAUGAGCAGAAUGUAGAAUUUAUCAUACCGACUCAUCCACGGUUGGAAAUUGUCAAUAUAGGCGUGCAGCAAUUCUCUACCUGGUCACGCCGUCUGCUUACUUAUCGCAAACUGCCGGAAGGAGAAGUAUCUUCUGUGUCUCGCAUAAAAUCUGUUACGGAUGACCCGAAUGGUGUUACAGCAGAUGAGUUGAAUGAAUUCAGACGACUGUAUUUCGCACCAAAAAAGCCGACUCCACCAAAAAACCCCAAGACAGAGCAAAUCUGA